AUGUAUUUGCAGAACAGAAAUAACACCAUCAACACAGAGAGGAGCAGGAAGAACUUAAAAGGCAAAACAUGUGAGUACAGAAUUUGGACUCACUUGAAGACGUCUCCACCUCAGAAGGAGAUCAUCGGCCUGUUGCCCACAAAGGGGGAAAAAAGGCUGGAGGCAAAGGAGAACAUGGCAGAGGAGCAGGAGUCCACGCAGCACACAGCUUUUGGGAAGGCCUUCUACGAUCUGACCCAUUCAGAGAGGGUGAUGAAUGAUCUGACGUUUGGACGGCGGGUGGGGCUUUACGACCUCAGAGGGCAGAUCGGCUGUGGCAACUUUUCCGAGGUCAGGCUGGGAAUACAUGACCUGACUAAAGAGCGAGUUGCAGUUAAAAUCCUGGAUAAGGUUCGUCUGGACAAGCGUUCACAGACGCUCUUUGCUUCUGAAAUCUCCUGCAUGGAGAAGCUGGCCCACCCCAACAUAGUGCGUCUGUACGAGGUGGUGGAGACCUUCAGGAGGCUCUACCUGGUGAUGGAGUACGCCAGCGGAGGAGAGCUGUUCUCACGUAUCUGCACCAGGGGGCGCCUGCCUGAUCUGGAGAGCAAGCUGGUGUUUUCACAGGUCCUGUCUGCUGUCAAGCAUAUGCACGAUAGUAAUAUUGUGCACCGGGACCUGAAGGCAGAGAACGUUUUCUACACCAACACUUACUGCAUUAAAGUGGGUGACUUUGGUUUCAGCGCGCUCUGCUGCCCCAGCGACGUCCUUCACACGUUCUGUGGCUCUCCUCCCUACGCUGCCCCCGAGCUCUUCAAGGGGAAAGGUUAUAUUGGUCAAUGUGUGGACAUGUGGGCGCUGGGUAUCUUGCUUUACUUCAUGAUGACCGCCACCAUGCCAUUCAAAGCUACAAACACAGGAAGACUGAAAUGUUGUAUCCUGCAGGGUUCUUACACCAUCCCCUCUUACGUACCUGAAUCCUGCCAGGAGGUCAUCAAGGGCCUCUUGAGGCCGGUGCCUGUAGAUCGUCUCACUAUGGCACAGAUCAUGUCCAGUGAUUGGAUGAGAGGUGUUGAGUACCCCCAGGCUUAUCCCUCCUACAGCUCUACACCCUCACAUCUGGCUGAGCCCACCCGCAUCCUCAGCCACGAUGAACUAAAUGUGAAAGCAGCGCUGGAGGAUCUCGGCAUCACCAGGAAUCAUCUCCUCAACAACAGCGUGGACCUGAGGAGCCCCGUCAGCGGGACCUACCGGAUUCUACUGCAUCGCAUUCAAAAGAGGAGACAUGUGGAGGCUGUGGGAUACAACCAGUCGUGCAUGAAGGAAUCUCAGAACAGACUCCGAUGGAGAGUGGGCUCAGACAGAGUUUUGAAUAAACGCCACUCUGUUGUCUGUGUCGUCAUGUAG